AUGGGAGAUCAGAGAACUGAUCUUUACUUCGUCUUCAUGAGUUUUGAUCCCAACGACGAGCGCCUGCGUGCGGAUCGGUGGGUGAAGGAAUGGAGGCGGCUUGAUGCCUACCUGUGCAAGAAGCACGGCCGGUUGCUGGCAAAGCUUCUCCAGCCAAACACCUACAAGAAGAAAUCUUCCCUCGCCAUCGUCGAUGGCUGCACAGUGGAGAUCUCCAAAGAGCAGGCAGCCAUUCUUGGAUCUGCCAAGGAAGUGAGGGUGGUCGAGAAGAACCAAGAGCUGGCUUGA